GAAACAUAUCAUAUCAUACCUGACUUGUGACUGAGAGUAGAAUCUGUCUGCCUACAUUCUAACUGAGAAUCUGGCUGAGCGUUGAUCCCUCUAGGAUUUUCUACACUGCUACAAACUGCAACACACAGACGAAGCUGAGCACUUUGAUACAAACAGGUUUGGAUUUCCUCUACACGGAUGGCCCUGCAAGCAAACCAGAACCAGUUUGUAUCUACCCAGGACUGAACACGGCGGUUUCUCACAGACACAGGGAGUUAUCUUUGAAGAUGCCGGUGAUCCUGGGGGAGAUCAACAUGCUGACCACCCCUCAGGCCUUGGUCCGCAUCUUAGAGUUGUUGUUCGGAUGCACGACCUUCAGCUUGGUGUCUUUGGCGAGCAACAACGAAACAAUCAUCAAAUCCAAUACCUACACGUUCUGCAUGUUCACCUGGUGCUUCUUCUUCAUCCUGACAGCCCUGAUCUUCCUGGUGGAGUUCGUUCAGUUCCAGAGCCUCGUCCCAGUCUCCUGGAAGAACCUUCCCAUCACCAUGGCUCUCCUGGGAGCACUGAUGACCCUGAUGGCCUCCAUCGGCUUCCCCUACUGCGCCAUCAAGCAUGAGGCAUCCAUUGACCCCCGCUUGGUGGCUGCCUCCAUCUUCUCCUGCUUAACUUUCUUGGCGUACGCUGCAGAGGUUUGUAUAACGAAGGUGAGGAACGUGGAGCAGCGGGGGUACAUGGCCACCACCCCAGGGUUUCUAAAGGUCUUCGAGGUCUUCGGAGCCUGCGUGGUCUUUGUCACUCUGGACAGCGACGUAGUGGGUACGUGCAAGGCUGGCCCGCUCUUCUGGUGGUGCGUGGCAGUUUACUGCAGCUGCUUUUUGAUGUCCCUAUGCACCAUUGGAGUCAUGCUGGGGGAGUGUACGGGACGCUGUCCCGUCCCCUUCGACAGGAUCCUGGCAGGCUUCGGCUCUCUGUGUGUCCUGAUGUACAUCACAGCCGUGGGCUACUGGGUCUGGGCUCUGGUGCAUCCUGACCGCUGUAAACAGCACACUUGGAAGGUUAUAACCGCCACUGUAAUGACUUGCCUGAACUUGCUGGCUUACACUGUGGACUUGGCUUUCUCCUUCAAGCUGCUGUAUUACAGAGCCUAAAGGAAGCACCGAGGAUUCCAACGUAUUGUAAGUUGUGUACAGUCCUAGAUCUUAUACGCUUUAUCUAAUAUAAAAGUACUGAAUCAAACCAUCAGCAGAUGUCCAAGCCAUGGGUUUGUGUUGGUUUUCCAAGUGUAACUACCGAGAUAAAAAGCAAAUACAUACCAAUAAAUACAAAGAGAGAAAUGUAUCAUAUUAGACAAAUAGGUGUUACUUUUAAAAUAUAAUUAGAUGCCAUUUUUGUUUUUCAACUUGAAAUUGUGCUUUGGAGUGAUUAGCAAUUUGGAAUAAUAUAUAUAUAUAUAUAUAUAUAUAUAUAUAUAUAUAUAUAUAUAUAUAUAUUUCUAGAUCUAGCAAAUUAAGUGCAUGUGUAGCAAACAAAUAAACCAGCUUCAGUACAACGUUCUGGACGGUAGCAUUUCUUUGGGGACAUGUUGUCAGAAUAAUACCUGGUCAUUUCAAUAGAAAAAGAUGACCUAACUCAUCUAGAUCAUUGUUAUUAGUGUUUAGCACUGUGCACACCUUGUGCUGGCUCCCUUUUGUUAAAUUUGCAUGCUACCUUUUCACUUCUUCUUUUGUGAAGAGAAACUUAAAAAACAUAAUAACAAACCUUUUGCUGACAGUAUUCUGUGUUACAGUCCAGAUGUGAUUAUGUGUUCACCAAGAAAUGAUUUACAAUGAUUAAAAACCAUGAAACUGCUACUUUUCCUAAAAAUAAACAAAAAGUAAAUACGCAA